GAGAGAGAGAGCAGGAGGAGGAGAGUUGGGAGUGGUGUUCAGUAGUAGAUCCUUGCAGGCUGAGUGUAUUUGACUGCAGUGCUGUGGUGAAGCAGCAGCGCUCCUGAUAGGCUCCUUCACUUUCCAGCCAGACAGCAGGCAAAGCCCUCCCUCUAACUCUCUCACCCACACACGCCUCUCUCUCCUCCUCUCCCUGCAUCUACUGCUCACUCUGCUGCUGAACACACACUCACAGACACACACAUAUACUCUCACACACACAGCGACACACACACUCUCUCUCUGCGCAUUUCGGGGACAGAAGCCGGUUACUCUUGCCCUCUCUCUGCAUGACUGUCACAAAGGGCACUGUCACUACUACACAAUACAAGCCCGUCAAAGAGGAAAUUUCUUUAUUACUAUGUCAUGGCGCCCGACCUACCGAAGCUCCAAGUUUCGAAACGUUUAUGGCAAAGUGGCCAACCGGGAGCACUGCUUCGAAGGCAUCCCCAUCACAAAGAACGUCCAUGACAACCACUUCUGUGCUGUCAACAGCAAGUUCCUCGCUAUAGUAACUGAGAGCGCCGGAGGAGGGUCCUUCAUCGUUAUCCCGGUCACUCAGUCCGGCCGCAUUGACCCUCACCACCCGAAAGUAUGUGGUCACCAAGGCAACGUUUUGGACAUCAAGUGGAACCCUUUCCAUGAAAACAUAAUCGCCUCCUGUUCUGAAGACUCUUCUGUGAGAAUAUGGGAGAUUCCAGAUGGUGGUUUGAGGAGAAAUAUGACUGAAGCCAUACUGGAGUUGUAUGGCCACAGUAGGCGAGUGGGCCUUAUAGAAUGGCAUCCCACCAGCAGCGGCAUCCUCUUCAGUGCUGGAUAUGACUACAAGAUCUUAAUCUGGAACCUGGAGAUUGGAGAGCCGGUGAAGAUGAUUGACUGCCAUACGGAUGUUAUCCUCUGCAUGUCCUUCAAUACUGAAGGAAGCCUGCUGGCCACCAGCUGCAAGGACAAGAAGCUGCGGGUCAUUGAACCUCGCUCUGGUCAGGUGUUGCAGGAGGCAAACUGUAAGAACCACAAGGUAAACCGUGUGGUGUUCCUGGGCAACAUGAAGCGCCUCCUGACGACAGGGGUGUCCCGCUGGAACACCCGACAGAUUGCGCUGUGGGAUCAGGAAGAUCUGUCCAUGCCAAUCAUAGAGGAGGAGAUAGAUGGCCUGUCGGGGCUCCUAUUCCCUUUCUAUGAUGCAGACACACAUAUGCUGUAUCUUGCGGGCAAGGGUGAUGGAAACAUCCGCUACUAUGAGGUCACUACGGAGAAGCCAUAUCUGCAGUACCUCAUGGAGUUCAGGUCCCCUGCCCCUCAGAAAGGACUUGGUGUAAUGCCCAAACAUGGCUUGGACGUGGGAGCUUGUGAAGUUUUUAGGUUCUAUAAGCUGGUGACGCUGAAAGGACUGAUCGAGCCCAUCUCCAUGAUCGUGCCAAGGAGGUCGGAGACGUAUCAGGAGGACAUCUACCCCAUGACUCCAGGAACAGAACCUGCACUCUCUGCAGACGAGUGGCUCAGCGGCAUUAAUCGAGGGCCGGUGCUAAUGUCUCUGAAGGAGGGCUACAGCAGACCUAGCAAGCUGGUAUUCAAGGCCCCAGUGAAAGAGAAGAAGAGUGUGGUGGUGAAUGGGAUUGACCUACUGGAAAAUGUGCCUCCCCGCACAGAGAACGAGCUCUUGCGGAUGUUCUUCAGGCAGCAGGACGAGCUGCGGCGGCUGAAAGACGAGCUCUCUCAGAAGGACAUUAAAAUCCGACAGCUCGAGCUAGAGCUAAAUAACCUGAGAAACAGUCCAAACAUCAACAACCGCAACAACAACAACAACAAUGACGACAACAGCAUGUGACCUGGGCGCAGGCCGCUGGUUCUUCUGGUUGAAACACACACAUUGGACCCCCAGCAAUGCUGAAUUUCCACACGGUCCCCCCACUCCUACACCCUGGUAUCCCUCAUCCCUAUUACACAAUGCAGAGCGUUUGUCCCCCACUGAGCAGCGUCUUGCCCUGACCCCAACUGUUGAUGCCUUUAUUGCUGUGCCAGCAUGAGACUUUACUGGGGCAUUGGUCAGUCCCUCACUAAAACCUCCUCACACCUAUGGCCUACGUUGACUGCCAUUUGACCGGCACUAUGGAUACAAAGCUCAUGUAUACAUACAAACGACAGGGAAAGUAGUUUAAAGGGACGAGACAUGAAAUAAGUUAUGUAUAAUACACAUGCAGGGCUUCUUUCUUCCUUAGUUCUUUAUUAAUUAUCUAUUAAUUGUAUUCUCUCAUUUUCACACAUACUCUCUCUCACAUUUUUUCCUAUUUCUUCUCUCUUUCGAAUGUGUCAGCUGCCAGACUCGCAGCGCUGGAUUGGAAUGGCUUUGAUAGAUGAUUUGAUACAAGCCAUUAACUGUGUUAUCAUCUACUUUUGGUGUUUUCUUUUUAUGAAUUUCUAAUUGUAAUUAUUUAUUUUGUUAUAUGUUUUCUGCAAUUAGUCAUUCUGAUUAAUGGCACUCAUCUCAUCUUUAUAACCACAGAUGUAGAGCUAGUUACCAAAUAUGUCUUAUAAACUCACUUCACCUGUCUUGUCAUUUUCAUCAUAUUUUAAAGAAAUGGUUUGGCAAAAAAUCUAAUUUACACAUUUUUUUUUACUUACCCCAGAUGUGGUCUUUCAGCCAAGACAUGUUUGGUGUCUCAAUUUUUCUUUUGCGCUAGAGCUAUGGUACUGAUGUUGUUAACGAACACUAGAAGUCAAUAGUCACCCAAAUCUUUUUCGUAAAAACAUACCCAAAACUUCUCUCAACUCACUCGAACUGUGGCCAGGUCUUCAUUAAGAUCAUGCAGACUUGUGGAUUUGGUUUAGGACACAGCAUGACAUACUGUAAACUAAAAAAUGCAAGCAUAUUAGUUUCGCAAUUUCUGAUAGCCCACAGUGUUCAGCUAUACGGUGAAGUUUUGUUCAUUUUUAUAGCUCCCAGUAAAUCAUCAUGUGUACACCUAUAAGUCUGCGAAACUUGAGCAAGUUAAGAGAAGUUUUGAGGAUGUAUUUACAGAAAAGAUUAAGGUGACUAUUGACUUUCAGUGUUUAAUAGCAACAUUAGCCUUUUGGCGCUAGCUCUAGAUUUAAUAAACACAAUUUGAACCACAAACACUGGCUACAGUACAUCUGUGGAAAAUGUUGUAAAUUACAUUUUUUUAACCAAACGAUUCCUUUUAAGGUACAAUAAUUCUGAUUUACUUAAAAGCUGUGAAAUUGUCCUUGAAUAUCUAAAAGUUGCUAGGCAGUGUGCUAUGGUCUCAUACUGGCUAAGAAAGAGUUGCAACUUAAAAUGACUCGCUAUUCUGUUGUUGCAACCAAGGAGCAACUGAUAUGCGAAACAUAAAAUCUGCUUAUUGUAUCUUUAACUGGAAUGUCGAAAGGAGGUUCAGGACUGUUUUUGACUGUAUAGCAGUGCCAAGUUCGUGUAGAAUACAUUCAGCACAAUAAAGCCACAAUGUAGGAACUCAGUUAGAAUACAGCCAACAUCACAUUAAUUGUACAAAGUUGAAGAGUGUUGAACUGAACGUGUUUGAAAGUCUCUAAAAUGAGCUUUGAGAAGUAUAAUCACCUUCUUAUGCAAAGUAACACCAUCUAAUCUGAAACGCAUGAAUUGUACGGUCCCCCAAUGAAUCCCAGUAAACAAAGUGGUAGCAAUAAAAGUGUUUUAGGGCACUGCUUGUUGCAAACAGAAGUCUGAAGAGAAAAGUAAGAGGAAGGAAUGAGUGUUCAGCAUGGUGGACUAUUUUACUCUAGAGGCCACAGUAAGUUGAAGUAAAUGUGAUGCUUCAUUUUUAGGAUUGUGUUUAAUGUAGGCUAUACAGCAGGGCAGUUUUAAAUCUACUCAUACCAUCUGGAAUUGCUUAUUGACCCAAGCAUCCUUUUGACAAGUGCAUCUUUGGGAUGUUUCUAUUGUUUCAUCAAAGUAUGAAGGGACUCUACUAGUUUUGCUCUAACUGUACUUUGACUUUCUGACACAUAAUUGAGGAACUCCACUGCAUAAUUAAACUAUUGUAAGCAAAGUCAUUCAGAGUGGCUUGAUGUGAAAUGCACAGUUGUAGGGACUCUUGCUUGUUCAGAAUUGUUCAAAGUGGUGGUGAUAGGAACUGGACAUCCGAAGAAUGUAAUGCUACUGAAAGCUACAUUACAGAAAGCUAUUACAUUAUAGGACAACAGAAAGUUUGUCUGAUGUUCGAGAUACCAUUUUACAAUAGGUGAGAUAAGAUUUUGGCCUAAAAUGUAUUUUUAGAAAAUACAUCCAUGGUGGAGAGGUACCUGCAGGGCGUUAUAAGAUGGAAUGGUACCCAAAAAGGUUUUUUUUCAGAUUUUCCCAUUUUCAACAUUACGUAUGAAACCUCAGAAGACGUGUCUGUCCACUGGCCAUUUUGGAUAGUAAACAAAAUGGCUAUAUUCAUGUUGUAGACAUUGUGACCCCUGGUUCCUAUCCCCACCACUGUAAGACAAAUCAGAAUGGUGAAAAGUGUUUCUCUACAAUGCACCAUGCCACAUCAAAACACUCUUUGUUUACAUCUCAACGGUUGAAUUAUGUAUAACUUCAGAAAAAUCUGUGGAUUUUCUCCUUUAAUUGCUGUAUCUUAGAAUUGAAUUGCAUUUUAUGCAAGUUAAUCAGUGUCUUUUUUGAUAUUUCAAAAGGUGAACUAAUGUGAGUAAUAAGCUACACUAACAACUGGCAUUUAAGUUGCCAUAAUGACCUCCGGUGACCAUAUUCAUGCUGAUAAUGACCUGCAAGCAAAGCUCCCUGCUAGAUAUUUCUGUCAGAGUCUUUAUCUUUAGUAGCAACACUGCAGGAGUGACUUGAGAAGCACUGAAAAGUGAACUGAAUGUCCAGUGGAGAACCAACUGAUAUAACUAAAAGGUAUUUCUCAGUAUGUGAGCAGUGUGUGACUUUGUUGUCAAAUGUCUCAGCUGUAACCUGUACUAAUCACUUCCUUCAUAGCCAGAUCCACAUCUGCAGCUUCAAAUCUCUGGACCGGCACAGAAAACAGGAUGGCUGAGGACUAUGGGAGUAUACCAUCCUCUUGCUGUUACUAUUACAUUAGAAAUAGAUUCUUCAAGCUAUAUAAUUUGUCUCAUAAAACAAGUCUAACCCUC